UGCCUCACGGGGGUGGUCUUGAGCUGUCCUGACGGGACGGAGCCGCGAUCACAGCCAUGGCCACGGCUACGGCCCCGGCCCCGGCCGUCCCCACGACUUUUGGACAGGCGGUGAUCGGGCCUCCGGGCUCGGGGAAGACCACGUACUGCUUGGGCAUGAGCACUUUCCUGGCCGGGCUGGGCCGGCGAGUAGCCGUGGUCAACCUAGACCCGGCCAACGAGGGCACGCCGUACGCAUGCGCCGUGGACAUCGGCGAACUGGUGACGCUCCCCGACGUGAUGGAGGCGCUUAAGCUGGGGCCAAACGGCGGCCUCGUGUACUGCAUGGAGUACCUGGAGGCCAACCUGGACUGGCUGCACGACCGCCUGGCACCGUUCCGCAGCCACUACCUGCUCUUCGACUGCCCGGGCCAGGUGGAGCUGUGCACACACCACGGCGCCUUGCGCAGCGUCUUCGCGCAGCUGGCCCAGUGGGGCUUCCGGCUGACUGCUGCCCACCUAGUGGAUUCUCACUACUGUACAGAUCCGGCCAAAUUCAUCUCUGUGCUGUGCACCUCCCUGUCCACCAUGCUGCAUGUGGAGCUGCCCCAUGUCAACAUCCUCUCCAAGAUGGACCUCAUUGAGCAGUUCGGGAAGCUAGCCUUCAGCCUGGACUACUACACUGAGGUCCUAGACCUCUCCUAUCUGCUUGACCACCUGGCCUCAGACCCCUUCUUCCGUCAUUACCGACAGCUCAAUGAGAAGCUGGUGCAGCUGAUUGAAGACUACAGCCUGGUCUCUUUCAUCCCUCUCAAUAUCCAGGACAAGGAAAGUGUCCAACGGGUGCUACAGGCCGUGGACAAAGCCAAUGGCUACUGCUUUGGGGUGGCCGAGCAGCGGAGUCUGGAGGCCAUGAUGUCCACCGCAGUGGGGGCUGACUUCCAUUUUACCUCCACACUGGGAAUCCAGGAGAAGUACCUUCCGUCCCCAGAAGAAGACGCAGUGGAACAAGAGGACAUGCACUUGUAGGGGCAAGAGCAAGAGCGGCACCCCUAGAUCCAGAAAAUGGCAGCUCGUGGCAAGCCAGCCCUAGAGCAGGGCCAAAAACAGCUGUCUUCCAUCUCGAGUGAGGGGCUGGUGCAGCCCAGCGAAGGACCCAGAGCCCCAGGAGGGAUGCUCUGAGGUGGGCACACGGACCUCUGCCGUGGGUUGGCCACGGCGUGGCUCCCUUGGGAUUUGGUUCCUUUCGUGGGGAGCAAAGAGCCCCGGCCUCCCCAGUGGGGUGGGGUCACUUACCGUGAAAGUUCCUUUAAAUACACAUGACUUGGGAACCUUCUGUCUCCCAAGCUUCUUUUGCUGAAUCCUAGUCAUAAUACUUCCCGUUUCUCUAGCACUCUAGAGUCACAAAGUGAUUCCUCAAAACAUUCCUAUGAAGACAGUAAAGCAAGUGUUUGGCUUUUUUUUUUUUUUUUUAAAUUUUUAAAUCAGACUUGUUUUCCUCCAUGUCGAGAGGUCCCGGACAGAGAAUCCCUUUACCAGUGCAGAACGGUGCCCACUCUGCCAGGUGUGGUCUGGGGCACCUGGAGACCCUCUGUGCCAUAGAUGGGACUGGAACCCAGGUUGUCCUCACUCAGAGGCCAGCCCUCUAACCACUGCACCACAUAGCAUGCCCCUCCUACAGAUGGGGAAGCCGAACCUCAGAGAGAAGCGUCGACUCUUGUCACACUCAGGAACAAGGAGGAAUGUUAAUAACCUUGGGCAAGUCACUUCCCUCUGGACUUACUUUCCUCUUCUAACACUCUGACUCUGAAGUCCUAGUAUUCUGUGGGUCUUUGAAUCUCUGUCUUUGUUCAGGAUCUCUGCAGUGCGAGGCUGCGUGAUCAAGAUUCAUAAUCAGAAGACCUGGCUUGGAAUUCAGACUUUGCCACUGACUCUGUGUCAGCAAGUUGCUUCCCCUGUCCACCUCAGUUUCAUCAUCUCUAAAAUUAAGCAGUUGGACUGAAUGACCUCUAAGGAUGCUUCCAGCUUGAAACCAAUUGCCCCAGGGCAGUUCUAGCCCUGAAUGCUUCGAUCAGAGCUGAAAAAGCCUCUCUGGGCUUCCUCCCUCCUUCAGUUCCAGGGUCUUGUAUCUCUCAAAGUCAUUGGGUGGCUCAAUCAUGUCCACCAUCUGGGGAACAAGGGCAGGGGCAGAGGCGCUGUUCAUGGUGCUGGCCAGUAGGGGGCAGCCCAUGACCACUUGAUUGACACCAGCUGGUGACUUGGGACAGAGGGAGUCCUUGGAUGGUGGAGAAGGUGUGGGAAAGGGGUUUAGUUGAGUAACAGGAGUCAGAACAGCUGGAUUCAGGCUCCAGUUCGGCCAUUGCCGAGUUAGGCAGGUUCCUCCCAUUCUCUGACCUCUUCAUCUGUAAAACGUGUGAGCUCCUGGAGGGCAGGGAUGUUCCUUGCCUUUCUCUGUAUCCUUGGAGCAUGACACAGCAGCUGGUACAUAGUAAGUGUUCCAUAAAUGCUCAUUGACUGACCUACAAGGUGUGGCUAUGAUUUGGUGAUUUAAGCCUUUAUUUUACUUGCCUAAAGUCUCUGAACCAUCUCCUAGUGUAUUAAAGAACAGACCUGGUACUUGC